AUGGCGAUUUAUAUGAUAGCAGGAGGGGCGGCUGCUGCCGAUUCACCCAGGCCAAUUUUGAAUGAGAGAAAUGGAAGGGCAGUCACUGAUCAAGAAAAUGGUGGGCAACAGGGAGGAGGAGGAGCCAAGGCUAAGAUCCAGGCCAAGUCUGGGGAUGGAGCAGUGGCCAGGACACAGACAGUGACCUACACUGAGGCCGUGGCUAACAGGGAUGUGAGCAAGAUGGAAGCUAUGGCUAAGACUAGAGUCAUGACUGAGACUAAGGCAAAAUCCCUGGCAGAACCUGGUAUAGUGCCCCAAAUCAAGUCAAAGCUGAUGCCUAUGGCCAGGGUCAGUGCUGUGACCAAGUACGAAGUCAAGGCUGGUGCUGGAAGUGAAACCAAUAUCAGGUCCUUUGCCAAGGCUGAUGAUAAGGUCAAUAUUGAGUCCAGGUCCCAGAGAAGGAGAGAGGACAGCAUCAAAUUCAGGUCCAGUGAUGAGGAUGAAGAAAAUGUCUGCUCCUGGUUCUGGACAGGAGAAGAGCCUAGUGUAGGAUCCUGGUUCUGGCCUGAAGAGGAGACUCCUUCUCAAGUUUAUAAGCCUCCACCUAAGAUCCAGGAAAAGCCCAAGCCCAUACCCAAACCUGAACUCACUAUAAAACAAAAAGCAGCAGCAUGGUCAAGGGCCAGGUAUAGUGUCCUAGUCCCAAUAGAGGGAGGGAAGCCAUCCUUGCCUCCAGAAGGGAAUUGGACUCUCGUUGAGACCUUGAUUGAAACUCCUCUGGGGAUUCGGCCUCUGACCAAGAUCCCACCCUAUAAUGGACCUUACUUCCAAACCUUAGCUGAGAUCAAAAGCCAGGUUAGGUAUAGAGAAAAGUAUGGGCCCAAUCCAAGAGCCUGCCGCUGUAAAUCACGUGACUUUAGUUUAGAGCCUAAAGAGUUCGAUAAACUCGUUGCCCUACUUAAGUUAACUAAGGAUCCUUUUAUUCAUGAAAUAGCAACAAUGAUAAUGGGCAUUAGUCCUGCUUAUCCAUUUACCCAAGAUAUAAUUCAUGAUGUAGGUAUUACUGUUAUGAUUGAAAACUUGGUCAAUAAUCCCAAUGUUAUAGAACACCCUAGAGCUUUAAAUAUAGUAGAUGACAACUCUGAGUCUUCUGAAGAACCAAAACCAGGAGAGUCAUAUGUAUAUCAAGUUUGUAAGGACAUAUUCUCUUAUCCCUUGAACUCCCCUGUGCAACUGGCUGGACUAAAAUUAUUAGUGCACCUGAGUGUGAAAUUUGAGGAUCACCAUAUAAUUAUUAAUUACAUUCCAGAUUUCCUCACCUUGUUAAGCAAAGGAAGUGUCAAAACCAAGUUUUAUGUUUUAAAAGUGUUUUUGCGCUUGUCUAAAAAUCAAGCCAAUACAAGAGAACUGAUUAGUGCCAAAGUACUGUCAUCAUUGGUUGCACCCUUUAACAAGAAUGAGUCGAAGGCUAAUAUUCUUAAUAUCAUUGAAAUAUUUGAGAAUAUAAAUUUCCAAUUCAAAAAGAAGGUGAAGCUAUUUACCAAAGAAGAGUUCACUAAAUCUGAGCUUAUUUCCAUAUUCCAGGAAGCAAAAGAGUUUGGUCAGAAACUCCAAGACUUAGUAGAGCACAGUGAUCCUGAGGUGAGAGAUAAAGUUAUACGAUUAAUACUUAAACUCUAA